AUGUUCAGACGACCCUCACUGCCUACCCACUUCCCUGAGCUGCUUACCAAGACUUUCGAGGCCGCUGUAAAGUCCGGCGAUCUCAUCUACACAGAGAGUACACAGGAAUCUGCUACUGAUAACGGAGUUGAUGUGCGAUACACAUUUGCUCCUGCCCUGGCCAAAAAGCCCACUAAGGACGACAACAAUGGCGACGAGAAGACUGAGAAACCCAAGUUCAACCCCUUUGAGAAGCCCGACCCCAAGCUCAUGCUCGUACCCGACUUUGGAGACUACUCUCUGGUUCUGAACAAGUUUGCCAUUGUUCCGAACCAUUUCAUGUGCAUCUCCAAGAAGGUGAUCCCCCAGACUGCUCCCCUGACCCCGAAUGAUCUGGAGUACUCUUACGCCGCUUUGCAGGCAGCCCAAUCGGAUGGUGCCAAGUACAUUGGCUUCUUCAACUGCGGACCCAAUUCUGGAGCCUCUGUGGAUCACAAGCAUAUUCAGUUCAUUGAGCUGCCGAAGGACUUCACUCCUUUCCCCGAGUCGGUAAUCAAAGCAAAGGGACGAGACUACAAGCCCGGUCAGCAGCCUUUGUCGUCCGAAAAGGUGCCCUUUGCACACUUCAUUGUGCCUUGGGAGGCAGAGUGGGCUGAGGAAGAUGCUAAGGCCGAUAACGACACUGAGGUGGCCAUUGAGGACCCCGUUGCCGAGGAGCUGGGAUUCAAAUUCAGCACUGUGUUGUCCCGAGUUCUGACCGAGCUCAGAGUCAAUGAUGCUCCCAGCAUCUCAUACAAUGUUGUCUUCACCGACAAAUGGGUCAUGGCUGUGCCUCGAAGCAAGGAGUCAUACAAGGACAUCAGCGUGAAUGCUACUGGAACCGUAGGUCUAUUGCUGGCCAAGUCUCAGGAGCAGCUGGACAUCUUCAAAGAGGAAACCCCUCUCAAGGUGCUUACUGAGCUGGGAUUCGUGAAGCCUGAGGAGGAGGAGCAUCCUGAGUACGACUACUAG